CAAGUGGCGGCUAGGGUUUUACUACCUCCCUCUCUCACUGACUCGCCCAACACCACUUCACCCCCUCGUCUUCUUUCCACCCCUAAACCCUAGCCUACCUGCCGUCUCGAUUCGAUUCGAUUCGCCCAUCCAUGGCGGUCUCUUCUCCUGUGGCGUUGUUCUAGGUUGCUGAUUGAAGGGUUGGAUUGGUGUUUCCGGUGAUUUAUUUGGGGGAGUUGAGGCCGGGAGAGGGGCGCCAUGGGCACGAAGAACCAGUUCGACCUCCUCGUCGACGUCGACAACGACGACCCCUCGCACCUCAUCGCCGCCGCCGAGAAGAAGGCGGCUGCGUCGCCCAAGCCGGCGCCCGCCGCCCCGGCGAAGCUGCCCACCAAGCCGCCGCCGCCCGCGCAGGCUGUAAAGGAGUCCAGGAACCACGGCGCUCCAGCUCGCGAUGGGGCAGGACGAGGUGGACCAGGGCGUGGUAGAGGUGGCUUCCGUGGAGGCAGGACGGGCCCAAGGCGUGAAUAUGGUGAGGGUGAUGCCAAUGGUGUUGAGGGAGGUUAUGGCGGAGGCAGCUUUGGAGAUGGUUUCCCGCGAAGAGAGGAUGGUGAAGGAAGGGCUAUGGAAAGGGGCCGUGGACCACGUCAGCCUUACCGUGGUGGUGGCCGCCGUGGCGGCUACACUGAUGGGGAGGGUGGUGAUGAGUCUGGUCGCCCCCCUCGCCGGGCUUAUGAGCGCCACAGCGGUACAGGGAGAGGAUAUGAGAUGAAGCGUGAGGGGGCUGGCCGUGGCAACUGGGGAACUGUAACUGAUGAAGCACAAGAAACAUUAGAAGCUGUUAAUACUGAGGGAACUCCUGCUGUAGCUGAGGAUGAAAACAAGCUGGAGGAGGUGCCACAUUCUGAGGUUGAGAAGGGCAAGGAAGGCGAACCAACUGAAGAGGAGGAGCCUGAAGAUAAGGAGAUGACAUUGGAAGAAUAUGAGAAAGUACUGGAAGAGAAGAGGAAAGCUUUACUUGGAUUAAAGACUGAAGUGAGAAAGGUUGAGGUGGACAAGGAGUUGCAGUCCAUGCAACAACUUUCAGUGAAAAAGGGCUCCGAUGAGAUCUUCAUCAAGCUGGGUUCUGACAAAGAGAAGAAGAAAGAAAAUGCUGAAAGGGAUGAGCGCGCCAAGAAGUCUGUCAGCAUAAAUGAAUUCCUGAAGCCAGCAGAGGGCGAAAGGUACUACAGCCCUGGUGGGCGUGGACGUGGUCGUGGCAGGGGUCGUGGUGACCGCGGUGGAUUCCGUAGCGGUUACAGCCCUCGCGAGCCAGGUGCUCUGGCGCCGGCGAUUCAAGAUCAAGCCCAGUUUCCCUCGCUAGGUGGGAAGUGAGCGCGCAACCUGUUAUGAACUCAUUGCAUAUGUGUGGGAUUUGCUUAAAAGGAAACCAGUGUUCUUCAGCGUCACAACUGUACUGUUGGUUCGGUAUCUACCGCAGCGUCGUGUCCCGCGUGUAUAUCUGAGCCAGGUGUGUGUCACAGGAUAUGUUUCAUUUUAAUUUUUCAAUAGGAUGUCUGCAUGUUUUCAUGUGCUAUCGUUAUGGGUUAAAAUGAUUUUGCUCAUAGUGAGUUUA